ACCAGGCAGGCUUUCUCUCGUCAGCCUGCAGCAGAUCCAGCUUCCAGGUCAACAUGAAGGCUCUCCUCACCCUGGGGUUCCUCUUGCUGUCUGUCACUGUCCAGGCCAAGGUCUAUGAGCGCUGUGAGUUGGCCAGAACUCUAAAAAGUCGUGGAAUGGAUGGCUACAGGGGAGUCAGCCUGGCAAACUGGGUAUGUUUGGCUCAGCACGAGAGUAAUUAUAACACACGAGCUAUAAACUACAACCCUGGAUCGCGAAGCACCGACUAUGGGAUAUUUCAGAUCAACAGCAAAUACUGGUGUAAUGAUGGCAAAACCCCGAGAGCAGUGAAUGCCUGUGGGAUACCCUGCAGCGCUUUGCUCCAGGAUGACAUCACUCAAGCCAUACAAUGUGCAAAGAGGGUUGUGAGGGAUCCACAAGGCAUUAGAGCAUGGGUGGCAUGGAGAGCCCACUGUCAAAACCGAGAUCUCAGCCAGUAUGUUCGGGACUGCGGAGUCUAACGCUGUGCCUCUGCUUCAGCUGGUUCUGUCUCUGUAUCGCCAUAGAAGUACAAAUGGGAAAGGCCACAUGUCCUUGGAUUCCCCUUCAUUCAAGCAGGAUUUAAACAGAAACAGGAGUAAAAUGGAGACUGUUUCCUAAGAGGCUUCAUGCUGACUAAUGGCUUCAUUGUUCUAAACAAAGCCAUCAUUUUUGGUUAACCAAGGCAGCAGAUGCUGGUGACAGUGGUCCAGCACUUUGACCGUCACACACAUCUCUAUCCAUCUGUUCUUCACCUAUGAUGUAAUUCACAUUCAGUUUCAUCUGAAUUAAUCUCCAUCUCCCCCUGGCUGGAUAGACAUAUAGCAGACAUUUACAGGAGGCAGUAGAUCUUGAGUAAAAUGGCAGCUGUGUGAGAUCCCAGGCCUUGUGUUUGGGUUCAGCCCCAAGACAGUUAGAACAGCCACUGUGUGGGGCAAGGUGUGUUUAUGAGGAAACAGAACUCUGAGUGGAUAGAACUGAGACCCUCAACAAAGAAACUUGUUGUCAUGAAUGUGUGACCUUACAAAAAAGUAUGUGCUUAGGAUGUCCCGUUUGUACUGCUUGAAAAGUAAAUUCUCACCUCAUGUCAAAGUCAGUUUUAACCCUUGAUAGAAUGUUUCUGUGCCUCUAGCUUAUCAUGAGGUAUUCAGGACAGAUUAGUGAGUGUGCUAGCUCUUAACUUUCUUAAAGUGGCUUCAUGCAUAUGAACUGACUCUGAGACAGAGGAGCUUGGGUCAGCAAAACUAACUGCUUUGUGAAUAACUACAAAUACCAUUAAAUGAUUUUUCAAUGCAAA